AUGUCCAGAUUCGCCAUUCGGGCGUUCCUGGCAGCCGCCAAGCGACAUCUACAAAAGUCCUUGAAAGAAAAAACGCAUACCUCCUUCGUGAUUGGCAACGAAUCCGCGGAUCUUGACUCCAUCACAUGUGCAUUGGUCUAUGGCUAUAUCCUAUCGAGCAAGCUGGAAGCAAGAAAGGCUGGGAGAUUCGUGAUACCGGUCGCCAACAUCGCGGCUUCGGAGCUGCCUCUACGCCCGGAACUCACCGCUCUACUCAAGCAUGCGGACAUCAAGCCAUUAGAGCUCAUCACCCUCGACGAUCUUGGAGACGAGCCUCUACCAGUGGAAAAGACGGACUGGACUCUCGUAGACCACAACGCUCUCCAGGGCAAGCUGGGCGAUCUCUACCGAAGCCGGGUCACGGGUGUCAUCGAUCAUCACGACGACGAGAAAGCCGUUUCAAGGGGAGUGGAUGUCAGAAUCAUUGAGAAAUCAGGCAGCUGCAAUAGCCUGGUGACCAACCACCUCCGGGAGACAUGGCAACAGCUCUCCGACUCCGCAAUGACAGUCGGCGCCGCUCACCCGCAAGACAACGUCACGCUCGUCGACGACUUCGCCUACACCUCCGGCUGGGACGCCCAGGUGGCCAAACUUGCCCUCGGUGCCAUCCUGAUCGACACAAUCAACAUGAAAGCCGAGCACAAAGUCACCGAUGCCGACAAGAAAGCCAUCCGAUUCCUGGAAGCAAAGAUCCAUAUUUCGCACAAGUAUGGGAAAGACUACGAUCGCGACAGGUUCUUCCAAGAGAUCGACGAUGCCAAAUCGGACGUGUCGGCACUCUCGCUCGAAGAUCUCCUGCGGAAAGAUUACAAGCAGUGGACAGAAGGCGACCUGACCCUCGGCAUCAGCAGCGUGGUGAAACCCUGUCAAUACCUGCACAAACACAAAGCCGCAGACGGAGAAACGUUUCAAUGUCCCCUGGUGAGGUUCGCGAAGAGUCGGAAUCUCAACCUCUUCGCCGUCAUGCCGGCUUUCAACGACAAUGGAACUUUUGAGCGACAAUUGCUUCUCUUGGCGCUGGAUGACAAGGGCAGGGCGGCUGCGGAGCGAUUUGCGGAAAAUGCCAAGGCGAAGCUGGAGCUCGCGGAUGGGAAGGACUCGCCGAUCAGCGGGGACGCUGAGGUGCCGUAUCAGAUGUUCUGGGAUCAGCAUAAUUUGGAGGCCAGUAGGAAGCAGGUGGCGCCGCUGCUCAGGGGGAGCAUGAGCUCGUAG